AUGUCUUCUUCUUCUUCUCCAGUCCCUCCUAACCGAACCCUACCGGACGAGAUCCUUGAAGAGAUUCUUCACCGUUUGUCGAAGGAGGAUCUCGAGCGCUUCAAGCUCGUGUGCCACCAUUGGGAGGACAUUAUACGCCCCCUUCAAGAUCGUCAGAGGGACGAAUACAAGCAUAGGUUGAACGAGGCGCGAGACCAGGCCUACGCGAUAUGGUUGGCUGAUUUUAUGGCCGAUGGCGAGACAGUUGACGAGGCGCAUGCACGACUCAAGGACGACAGAGGCCUCGAAGACCUUGACGAUGAGUACACACACGAGUUUAUAGAGACCGCCGAGUAUCUCGGAGGAAUUAGAAACUAUGUUGACAUUGGGAGCAAGACAAGAAACGAGAUCCUCGGACGUCACUAG